AUGGCGGCCGCCGGGGACGGGCAGACACAGCCGCAGCCGCGGCAGGAGCCGGAGCCAGUGGCGGGAGCGGCGACUGGAGGCGGCGUGAUCGCGAAGCUGGAGGAGGAGUGGCGGAAGGCGAAGGAGCACGCGCAGACCUACCCGUACGUGUGGGGCUCCUACAUCCUCGUCUACGGCGGCCUCGGCGCUUACCUCGCCUGGCGCUGGCGUAAGCUCCGCCGCACCGAGGACCGCGUCCGCGUUCUCCAGGAACGCCUCCGCAAGCUCUCCGCGGCCGAGGAAUCGCAGGCCGCCUCCGGCUCCGGCUCCGCUUCCACUGCCUCGACCCCUCCCCCGCCGCAGCAGUCGGCUUCUGGGCCCGCAAAGCCCGCCUCAAGCCCGUGA